AUGGAUAUCAAUGAUAAUGCACCAAUUUGGCUUUUUCCUCGCUCUCCUGAUGACACUCUUGUCAAAAUGAAGUUUGAUAUUCCUGCAAAUUCCAUCGUAACGCGAAUCCAAGCAAUCGAUCUUGACACUGGAGAAAAUGCUCAAAUUAUCUACAGCGUAGUUAACAUAGCUCUGAUAGACCAAACAAGUAAUCAAACUAACAACCCUCAGCAAACCAAGUCAAUAAAAUCUGGUUCUUCGGUAACCACAGUAAACUCUAUACUGAUAGCUAACAAAGAAGAAUCACCAGGCUUUCAAUCGGAAUACUCCGAAUUAUUUAAGUUGGAUUCUCGGAGUGGUCUAAUCAUGCGCAGCAAUGUAAAUUCUUUUGACGAAUCGAAAAAGACUGACCUCUUAGUACCCGGAAAAAGUCUCCGUGUCGUUUUGCGUGCUACCGACAAAGGUUAUCCAGUGGCGCAAUGGAGCCAAGAGGUCCUUUACAUUGAUCUCAUUGCUGGCAGUGAAUUUACCUCAAAUCUACCAUAUCAGAUCAGCAAAUCAGAUCUGAAUAUAAAUAAAGAAGCAGAAAUGCUCUUGAGGUAA